ACCUUUCCUGUCUGCGGCUCGCCCAUCGCUCCCCACAAUGCAUUGCGCUGAUCGAUUACGCACACACAGGCUCGCGCUUCACCCGGCCUCACCGCCCGUACUGUUGUUCACAAGCCGUCCAAAUCCACGCGGAUUAUAGCGAGAAGAACACUCCAGCACACACAGCCAGCGCCUUCCAACAGUAUGGAGUCCACCGCCAAGAGAGACGCGGAGAGCACCUGUGUGCUGUGCUGCCAGGACAUCGACCUGUUCGCGGUGGGGAAGUGCGAUCACCCGGUGUGUUACCGCUGCUCCACCAAGAUGCGGCUGCUGUGCGAGCAGAAGUACUGCGCCGUCUGCCGGGAGCAGCUCGACAAGGUGGUCUUCAUAAAGAAACUUGAGCCCUUUGCCGCUCUGAACAUUCGUCAGUACCAGUAUGAGAAGAAAUUUGACACAUACUUUGCAGAUGGAAAGAUAUAUGCACAGUUCAGGAAGAUUUUGUUACAUGAAUGUCCACAAUGCCCAGAACCAAAAGUGUUCUCCAAAUUUGAAGAAUUAGAACAGCAUAUGCGGAAACAACAUGAACUCUUCUGCUGCAAGUUAUGUGCAAAGCACCUAAAGAUAUUCUCAUACGAGAGGAAAUGGUACAGUCGGAAAGACCUGGCUCGUCAUCGAACGCAAGGGGACCCGGACGAUACCUCGCAUCGUGGGCAUCCGCUUUGUAAAUUCUGUGAUGAUCGAUACCUGGACAACGAUGAACUAUUGAAGCACCUGCGGCGAGAUCAUUACUUCUGCCAUUUCUGUGAUGCAGAUGGAGCUCAGGAGUAUUACAGCGACUACCAGUACCUCAGCGAGCACUUCAGAGAAAGCCAUUAUCUCUGCCAGGAGGGCCGCUGCAGUACAGAGCAGUUCACUCACGCUUUCCGCACAGAGAUUGACUAUAAAGCUCACAAAGCUGCUGCCCACAGCAAAAACCGGGCUGAGGCACGGCAGAAUCGCCAAAUCGACAUUCAGUUCAACUAUGCACUCAGACAACAACGACGAAAUGGCGGUCUGAUAGUUGGUGGCGAUGACUAUGAAGAAGUGGAUCGCUUCAACAGACCGGGAAGACCAGGAAGAGGACGAGCACCAGGAGGACAGCAGAAUGUCAGGAGCUGGAGAUAUAAUCGAGAGGAAGAGGACAGAGAGAUUGCAGCUGCUUUGCGAGCUUCGAUCACCAGCCACCAGCAAGAGAGAAGCCAUGUGCAAGAGAGAAGCCAUGUGCAAGAGAGAAGCCAUGUGCAAGAGAGAAGCCAUGUGCAAGAGAGAAGCCAUGUGCAAGAGAGAAGCAGUCAGAAGCCACACAAAGAGGAAAAGAUGGAGCCUGAUGACAUGAGAAACAACAGAGGCACUGCCAAGCAGACGAACGAAAUACAAGCUCGAUCAGUGAAGAGUAAUCCCUCUUUGGCUGGUCAGGACUUCCCUGUUUUAGGGGCAGCUGCACCUCCAGCCCCAAUUCAAAGGUACUGUAUGUUUGUCCUGUUUUUAGAAUACUAA